AUGAAACAAUUUGGAAUUAUUACCAUUCUCCUAGUUGCCGGAUUAUUCUUGGAUAGCAGCAGGGCCUUACAAUUCACCGAUUGUGGCUCCAAAACCGGCAAAUUUACAAAAGUCACUGUCUCCGAUUGUGAUACAACAAAAAAUGAGUGUAUAUUGAAGCGCAAUUCAACGGUGUCCAUUACCAUUGACUUUUCAUUGGCUGAGGAUGUUACCGCAAUUAAAACCAUUGUCCAUGGCAAGGUGAUGGGCGUUGAAAUGCCAUUCCAUCUGCAAAAUCCUGAUGCCUGUGUUGAUAGCGGUCUCAAAUGCCCCUUGGAUAAGGGUGAAACCUAUGAAUAUACCGCCAGUCUGCCCGUCUUGAAAGCCUACCCCAAAGUGAAUGUUAUGGUUAAAUGGGAAUUGAAAGAUCAAAAUAAUGAAGAUAUUGUUUGUGUUGAAAUUCCAGCCAAGAUUCAAUAAAUAUUUUAAUCCAUCUUCAUUUAUGCAAAA